AAUUUUUUUGUUCAUAUAUCUAUACAAAUGUAAUUUAACAAAAGACUAUCGAAAAAUAUGACUGAUGAAAAAAUAUUACUUAUAAAACAUGAACACUCAUCAAAGUUAUAGAAAUUCACCAACAAAUUGGACAUUAGGAGACGCCAUGAAGUAUAAUUUACGGUGCAACCGAAAUAUUAGCGAGAAGAUGACGAAAAAAGACUUUGUAUACGAUAUUCGCCCACCAAUUCAAAGUUCCAGAAAGUUGGAGGAAGGAAAAUAUCCAAUUGUACUACCAUUACAAUUACGAAAGAAACAAAGUACUGAUUCAAAAGUGCCCCAAUAUGCUGUUAUUUCGGAAAAAAACAGUUACAACGAAAAUGUUGGUACAAUAAAUAUUUCAGGACAACGAACCUUGAAAUUUGAAUGCAAUUUUUGUCACGAGCAAAUAGCUACACUUUUAUCGUUGUCCACGCAUGUAAAAUGUCAUCGACGAAGAUAUUGCAAAUAUUGUUACUGGAUACUAUCUGGAAACGAAACAAUGGAAAAACAUCUCGAAGAUACUCAUCGAAUUGAUCCAGGUAUUAUAACGAAUAUCUAAUAUAUUCUUUAUUACAAUAUAAUUCUCUAUAAUAUUUUUUUAUGUACAUAAAUUGUUGAUAAAAUGAUUAAU